AUGUCUCUCUUAUCGCGGGGAAACGACGCUCUCAAUAUUAACCCUCCAGCGGGAGUGGACGAUGCCCUAUCUCAGGCUGGGUCAGACUGGCUCUGGGCUGUCACGGCCAUCUACAUAAUCUCAUUCAUUGGCCUCCUAGUCCUUUGCUUCACUACCCCCGAAAGUGACCGAGUGUUCCACUACCUCUUCACAUGUGUCCUCCUGGCCGGCUCUGUUACCUACUACGCCCAGGCUUCCGAUCUGGGCUGGAGCGCUAUCGAUCAGGUUGGCGACGGCUCAUCCCGACAGAUCUUCUACGCAAGAUACAUAAACUGGGUCGUUGCAUUUCCGUCCAUCACCUUAGCGCUCGGCAUGCUAUCGGACGUCUCGUGGACCACAAUCUUCUGUAACAUCUUUAUUUCAUGGUUCUGGGUCCUCACCUACCUCGUCGCGGCUUACACCACCACUGUCUACAAGUGGGGAUUCUUCACCUUUGGCACGUUCUCGUGGAUCAUCCUCGCCAUGAGCACCCUUAACGAAAGCUACGAGGCGGCUUCACGCGUGGGUGUCGGCCGGGAUUACAUCACUCUGGCUGGAUGGACCAACCUGUUGUGGCUACUAUACCCCAUCGCAUUCGGCUUGAGCGACGGCGGUAACCGAAUCGACGUUACCGGCAGCUUCAUUUUCUUCGGAAUCCUCGAUGUACUGCUGGUUCCCGUCUGGAUUUUCGCCUUUUUAUACAUGGCACGCAACUGGGACUAUAAAAAACUCAACCUUGCCUUCAGCGAGUCUCGGAGUGGCACACACAGCGGAACCUCCUUGGGUAAUAAGACGGCACCGGCUACAGGGACCAUCCCAGCCUCUGGUCACACCACCUCUGAUGUAUAAGUGGCUCAAUAGAGGGUGCUAAUAGGAAGACCUGGACAUCCAUUUGUGCAACCUUUGUCGGGUGUUUGCUCGAUAGAUCUGCUUGAGAAUCUCGG